AUGGCUGGUCAACGUGAUCACCGCACUGCACUCAAAUACCUCCGAUCGAAGGUCAACGGAACAUUUGCAUCCUCAAAGCCCAUUCGUCCAAUGAGCCCGCCAUCAGUAUCGACAGAGAUAUUGGAUACAGACAUUGACUCGGACUCUCAGCCUGAUUCUAUGGAUGACUCUUCACGUAGUGUUCUCUCGCUCGACACCUCAAGUGUGACAACCGCCUCAACUCCUGAUGAUGUCAAAACCCCUGGUUCUACCGGGCUUACCUCCUUUCACUUCCACAUCGAUGACAACCCAAUAUCAGGUCCAGAGGGACCUCAUCUUUUUCGCUUGUCAAAUGGAUCUAUGGAAAUCAAGUCUACAGUUGAGAUCGAUUUGAUUUUCGGUGAUGAGUCGGAUGCAGACAGCGAUGUCAUUCCUUACAAUAUCCCCACAUCCACCUACGAGCCUGGCCGAAGCUUUGAACCUGCGCCAAUUUUUGAACAUGGGCAAACCUUUGAGCCUGGGCGAAGGGACACGCCUGUUCCUUGUGUUGCAAAUCCCAGAACUCCGCUUCAAACCGUGCUCGAAGACCCAGCAGAACCCGAUGGAUCACAAGUGGUGAACUGGAAUCCUCAAACUGUUGUCAGUUGGUUACAGAAGAUGAAUUUUGAUGAUGGUGUUAUUGAGAAAUUUUUCAUCAAUGACAUCACGGGUGCAAUUUUAUUGGAACUUGAGCAGCAAGACCUAAAAGAGCUUGACAUUCAGUCAUUUGGGAAGCGCCAUCAGUUGAUGGCCUCUAUUCGGAGCCUCCGCAACGGCACUUAUUCGAAUGUUUCAAAUCCAAGUCUUGGUUCUGAGCCCGUUUCACGGGAGCCAACCCCUAAUUCCAUGACAGCAGAAGUCGGCGCUAGAAGCUGCAAUGCGACUCCAGUUGGUUCUAGAAGCUGCAAUGCGACUCCAGUCGCCUGUGAGGCGACCUCGCCUCAAACAGAAAACGACGAAUUUCCCUCUCGCCGUCAACGGCGACGUCGCCGCGCAGGAGCUAUUGGUCCCAAUGAUUCAGUAUCCAUUGUUGGGAUUGAGCAAUUGUUGCCUAAGGUCCAUAGAUGCUCGAAAGGUGAAGAGUGCCGCAAAUGGCAAAAGCAGCACGCUCGAGUCACCCGCUUUCCUCAAGAUGCUUCUUCUGAAACUAUGGAGGAUCCCAUAGUCACAGCUGGAGACACUGGAAGCCCAUCAUGUUCUCGAAACAUGGUAAAAUCUCCAAAAUCGGAAGUCACUCCCUCAAUAGUCGCAUCCUCUCAUGCUCUUGGCCCAAAACAUGUGUCUGAAAUGCCAAUUUCUGAAGAACAACUCGAUGACGUCGAGUCUCGAGAUCCCCAAGAGAACGUGCGUAACUUCUUGAAUUUCCAACGCCUGAGCCGAUUACAACCAGUUACCGACCCCGCAACUCCCCCAAUCGAUGUUUUCCCGUCUCCCGAUGCCGACUCUCCUGGCUCUCUUGCCGAGCAACUUCGCAGCCUCCCCAGACUUCGUAUUCCGAGCAGUCAUGGUCUAUCUCCGAGAAGCGCUGGCGCUCUCUCUGGCCAACGCACCAUUACCCCUUCUGUACUCCGGAAAAAGGAAAACUUUCAGCCGCCCACCACUGCACAGGUCCCAACUCCCUACACAGCCAUCUUCUCACCGUCCGAUUAUUAUCGCCAGGAUUCCCACUAUGGACUGACUUCUCCAUUUUCCGAGGUGGAUGUUCCUAUGACUGCAAUUCCAUCCGGACCUGUUGAGCGCCGCUUUUCACAAUCGGUACCUCCAGAUAUGCGGUUUGGAAACUAUAUGCCUCACAGAGGAGCUGAUCCAAUCGAACGACCUGGGUCCACCAAAGAUAAUCAUAGACGCAAGAUGUCCCAACCCUAUAUGCGCCGUCUCGAUGAGGGACGCAUGAUGUCGCCCAUUGAGACUCCAGAGGAUCUGGAGCGAACUCCACGUGCUGGCAACUACCGAUACCACCCAUUUAGCCCAACAGGUGAACCCAGCGAUGAAAUCAUCCACAGCGGAUGGAUGAAGAAGCGCAAGACAACUCGUCUUUUCCGCCACGAGUGGAAUGAGCACGUAUUUGCUCUACGAGGCACGCAGCUUAGCAUGUUCACCACUGAGCAUGAUGCCCAAAAUAACUGGAAGGCUCUCGAGCACAUUGAUGUCGACGAUUAUGCCGUGGCUUGUUCAUCCCUUGCCUCCAGUUCCAAAUUGACCGCCGCAUUCAAGAGGACUAUCUUGAAGCGUACGGAUGACACUCGGGGAGGAACAGCCUUUGCCUUUUCGCUGAUUCCAUCGCCCACGAGCAUGACUGCAGUUGAGAGGAAGACGCUAUUCAGCAACGGUCUCAAGUCGCAUCACUUUGCCGUUCCCAACGGCUAUGAUCGCAUUACAUGGAUGCGCGAGGUUAUGCUGGCCAAAGCUCUUCGCCGCGGCCGCGAAAUCGGUGCCUCCAUGAAUAUGAACGGCAAUGUCAUUUAA